AUGGAAUCAGUAAAUGUUGUUAUAGACGACAGUCCAGACGAAUCAGUGGAAACAAUAGUGACUAAUCCAGUAACUGAGCUCCCUCUCGGUGAACUGAAUACUGCAGAUAACAACAGUCAGCCCAAAUCACAAGAAUCCUCAGAUGAAGAUCAAGAAAGUUCUGAACAGGAGACAACUCUUAUAAAUGAUACAGGGUAUAAACGGGGAAGUGUCGACAAAACGCUUUUCGUCAAAGCAACUGGAGGUCAUGUCACCAUUGCUCAGAUCUAUGUGGAUGACAUUGUUUUUGGAUCAACUUUACAGAAAUACACUGAUGAAUUAGUAAAGGUCAUGAAGGAAGAAUUCGAGAUGACACCUAUCUCUACCUCCAUGAAAGUAUCUAAAGAUGAAACAGGUGUAUCAGUGGAUAACACAGUCUACCGAAGUCUGAUAGGAAGAAAUGUUGAUGAUAGAAAGAGUACGUCUGGAGGAUGCUUCUUUGUUGGUAAGAACCUGGUAUCGUGGCUGAGUAAGAAACAAAAUUCAAUUUCCUUAAGUACUGCAGAAUCAGAGUACAUAGCUGCUGGUGGAUGUUGUACUCAGUUAGUAUGGAUGAAGCAGAUGCUUUUAGAUUAUGGGCUUACUCAAGGAAUUAUGACACUCUACUGUGAUAAUGAGAUUGAGUUGGAAUAUAUUCAAACAGAUAAACAAUUGGCUGAUAUUCUGACUAAGCCCCUAGAUGUAAAUCGAUUUGAGAUUCUCAGAUCUGCUCUGGGAAUCUGCAGUAUUGACUAA